AGAUUGUUCUAUUUAAGGUGAGUUUCUCAUCCCUCUCCACAUUAUCUCAUUCCUUACCUCUCUUAUUUGUUUCUUCAAAUCUUCACAAUGUCACUUGCUGGAAAACUCAGCACUGAACUUCCAGUCCAUGCAACUGCAGAAAAAUGGUUCCACACCUACACAAACCAACUUCACCAUAUUCAACACGUUACUCAUAAAAUUCAUGGAGCCAAACUCCAUCAAGGUGAUGAUUGGCAUGCCAAUGAUUCCGUCAAACACUGGACCUAUAUCGUCGACGGUAAGACAGUAACAUGUCAUGAAGCCAUUGAAUCCGUUGAUGAGCAGAAGAAAAGGAUUGUGUUCAAGCUCUAUGGUGAAGAUGUGGAUAAUAAGUAUAAGGUGUUGAAGCUAAUCUUUGAAGCCAUUGAGAAGGGUGAUGGAAGUGCUGCAAUUAAAUGGAGUGUUGAAUAUGAGAAGGUGAGUGAGGAUGUUCAUCCCCCAUAUGGGUACUUGGAAUUCUGCGACCACUGCAUUAAAGAUGUUGAUGCUUACCUUAUCAAGGCUGAAGAAAAUGCCAACAAGUAAGAAUUGAAAGAUGCAUGUGGCCAAAGAUAAUGCUCGUGUAUGGCAAUAAGUGUGAAAGUUUGAUGAGGAGAAUAAUGGUAUAUGGUUUGAUGUGAGUGUUGUGUUCAAUAAGUGGUCAAUGGUGGUUUUACAUGUUUUAGACUUGUAUUAAUGAACUUAUAAAUCUUCCAUGAUGUACUAUAGGAAGAUGAAAACAACCAUGAUAUGCUAUUAGUUUUUGCCAAUAUAAA